AUGUUGACGAGAAGUAGGUGCUACAGUAAGCUGCUCAGGAAUUGCCAACUUUUCAGCACACUGAACUCUUCGGUAGGUUCGGGUCACAACAAAUGGUCAACUAUCAAGCACGGUAAAGCCAAGAAUGAUGCCGAACGGAACAAGAUCAACAACAAGUUUGCCAACCAGAUAGCAAUGUCUGUCAAGUUGGGAAACGGCAUCACAGACCCGACUAUGAAUAUCCGACUAGCCACCAGCAUUGACCUAGCGAAUAAGAACAAUGUCAGUAAAAAAGUGAUCGAGAAUGCCAUCCGGAAGGCAUCCGGAAGCAGUUCGGGCAAGGACUCGAACUCGUCAGAGUUAUGUGUAUACGAAGGAAUGGGGCCCGGCGGAGUGGCCAUAGUGGUGGAGGCGCUUACGGAUAACAAGAACAGAACGAUAGGGCUGAUAAGAAGUGCAUUUAACAAAGCUAAUGGGUCAAUGACUCCGACGCUGUUUUUCUUCGACAAAAGGGGAUACGUUGCAGUGACACCUCCGAGUGAACUAGACACCGAGGAUAAGGUGCUAGAAAGUGUGCUGGAGAUCCAGGGUAUCGAGGACAUCGUGGCCGUACAUGAUGAUACAGAAGACGCAGAGUGCGAUGCUGAAGCAGAAACUGCUGGCCCCACUUACGAGGCGGUUACGGAACCAGCAGAAACCAACAAAGUCGCCGCCCUACUGAAGGAGCGUGGCUUCCACAUUAGGGACUUGGGCAUAGGCUAUAACGCCAAGCCGGACAUGGCAGUCACCGUGCAAGGCGACGAAACCGUCGAAAAACUGGAAAAGUUGACUGCCGCGCUCGAGGACAUAGACGAAGUGACGUCGUUGUACACCAACGCCAGCGACCCCUGA